AUGUGUCCACCGUCGACGAAGAAUGGAGCAAGCCACCACCAGGCACAGAAAAGAGGGCCAUUUCCGCGGGCGAAAAGCCCCCCCCUUCAAUCUCUUAUCAGCUCCCAUGACUUUGAAGCCGUGGCCUCAAAAACUGCAGCAGAAAAGACGUGGGCAUUCUACUCUAGUGCAGCCAAUGACUUACACACCCUCCAAGCCAACAGGUCAAGUUUCGAUCGCAUAUGGUUCCGUCCCAGAGUGCUGAAGAACGUACGAAACGUGGACACCAGCACAAAGAUGCUAGGAGGAGACUAUAAACUGCCUCUGUUCGUAAGCCCAGCGGCGAUGGCCAAGAUGAUACACCCCGAAGGCGAGUGCGCAAUUGCGCGGGCAUGUGCGGAGAAGCAAAUCAUGCACGGUGUCUCAAAUAACUCUAAUUUCACCCUCGAGGAACUACGGACGGAGUCGCCAGGGACCAGCUUCUUCUUCCAGCUCUAUGUCAACCGCGAACGGGAAAAAUCAGCCGAGCUACUCCGACAGUGCUCGGUAAAUCCAAAUGUGAAAGCAAUCUUCGUGACUGUGGACGCGGCGGCCCCUGGAAAACGGGAGGCGGACGAACGAGUGAAAGCCGAUGAAUCCAUCAGCGUGCCCAUGUCACCUAGCGAGGCGAAGAAUGAUAAGCGGGGCGGCGGCCUCGGCCGUGUGAUGGCUGGUUAUAUUGACCCCGGUCUUACUUGGGAAGAUCUCAAAUGGGUGCGGCAGCAUACCCACAAGCCGGUGGUCCUGAAAGGCAUCAUGUCCGCAGAUGAUGCUUUGCUAGCGAUGAAGGCUGGCUUGGAUGGUAUCUUGCUCAGCAAUCACGGAGGUCGGAAUCUGGACACUAGCCCACCCUCAAUCAUCACUCUUCUUGAGAUCCAAAGGCGGUGCCCGGAAGUGUUUGAUGCUCUGGAGGUGUAUGUUGACAGCGGUAUUCGCCGUGGAAGUGAUAUUUUGAAAGCAGUGUGUUUGGGUGCUACUGCAGUUGGAAUGGGUCGGAGCGUUCUGUUCUCGAUGAACUAUGGACAGGAAGGAGUUGAGCAUCUACUUGAUAGUAAGUUGAUGUAG